GUUAACCCCGCAAGAUUCAACCGUCGGUGUUUUGGUGGUUGGAGUGCAGCAGAUUAGCUGCUGGUCAACAAUAGAUAGAUACAAAAAUUAACGAAUUUAAUCAAAUAAAAUGGAACUGACGGAUGACGACGCGGAAAAACUUUCGCGAACAGAGAUACGCAAGCAAAAACUUGCAGAAUACCUGGCGGCAAAAGGCAGGUUAAAGCCACCUAAUCCAAAGCCUUAUCUAAAGUCCAGUGCUGUUCAGACAAAGACUCCAGGAGCAGCGCAGAAAUCUCAUACUUUCAUAAAAGGAAAAGAAAACGCAGCUCUCAGUGCUCCAGUUGCCAAAAACAACAAACCAAAAUGGAAUGUUCUGGCUGAAAAUAAUAAAAAUUUAAGAGCACUUCCUCGAGCUCCUUCUGCCGUUCUUCCACGCCUCCCGUUCAAACCCACUGUUUCUCAAACAGCUUCUCAGCAGUUGUCAACACAGUGCAGAGAAGCAGCUUGUGCAGUCAGAAAUCCUUCUGUCAGAGAGCAGCAAACAAAACCAGCUCCACACACAAAUGUCACAGCCCACAAGCAAGACAAGACUGUUAAGAAGGGUCAAGUGUCCGUGCCGAGCCAAACAAAAGCUCUUCACACGUCUAUGGUGAACACGCGUACAAGUGUCGUCAAGACAGACCUGCAGAAAAGGAGUUUGGUCACUGGCCCUGAAAAGGUAGUGCAGAAACCUCAGGUCAGUUGUCCCACAGUGAAAGAGCAUCGACGCAACACUGUUCCAAACACAAAAUCUUCAAUUAGUAAACAGGCCACAGUGACGCUAAAGCCAGCUAAGGAAACUAGCAAUUACAGUAAAACACACACUGAUCUGAAGGAAACACUGACCAGCUGUCCAGUGGAAAAACCAGACAGAUUAGGCAAGACACAAACCAUUGUCCGAGAGACACGAUUAUUAAAGAAGGCAGGAAAUAAACCCGGGCUUUCUCACACAGAAAGAAGUGUUGUAGUCACAGCCAGGCAAGGAUCCUCUCUCUUGUCGACUUUUAAAACUGAAAACGCUCCAAAAUCAACCAGCGAGACUGUGGCUGGUGUUAAAAAAACAGCUCCACAACAACGGCGUACCACAUUUAAACUCUCCUCCAAGCCCACCGCUCAAGCCCCAGUGUCACAGACUCUUCCACGCCCAAACAAGUCGUCCAGCCGGACAAGUGUGUCAAAGGUGCAGCCGAAGACGCCCAAGUCAACGUUCAAUCCUGGAACAAAUGGUGUCAGGACUGUCCCCCUGGACGGUAGAAAUAAACCAACCACUGCUCAAGAAGAGAGACUGCGUAAACUUCAAGAGUGGCGAGAGGCAAAAGGCAUCACAUAUAAACGUCCGCCGAUGCCUGUACAGCCAGCGAAGAGGAAGAUGACCACUCUGCCUCCUCAGGGAUACUGGAGUACAAUAGAACAAGAGGACGAGGUCCAUGGCUUUGUCUGUGCUGUUGACCAGUCUCUGAACGACUGCAUCAAACUUCUUCAGCAGGGGUGUCCUGUAGACCAGGUGCGAGAUGUCCUGUCACGGGUGCCUAUGGCACAGAAAUUCGCUAAAUACUGGAUUUGUCAGGUGCGCUUAAUGGAGCAUGAGGGCAAUCUUGAUGUGCUGCCAACAUUUGAGGAGGCUGUUCGUUUAGUCAGAGAGCCUGUCGAUGAACUGCGCUCUGUGGUGUUUGAGAUCCUAAAGAAGAAAGAAGCAGAAGGUUCAUCCUCAACUAGAGAGAAUGAUGUAGGCAGUGAUGAAGAUGGAGAACACAGUUUCAGCUCGUGCACCCCUAAACCUGUCGGCGCACUGAUCCGUGGAGAGAAAAGAGACUCAUCUGUAAUAAAAUACAAGAUCACAGCCACUCCUGGUGGGAAAAGAAGCCAGCAGAGGCAGAAGCCAGGGUAUGUUAAUGGCCACGAAAUCCGCUUCAUCACUCCAGUACGCCGAUCCGUGCGCAUCGAGAAAACAUCUUCCUGUUACCCAGCAGUACUGCAGGAGCACGACCCCUGUGUGUCCUCGGUUCGUGAACUCUUAUCCGAGGGUGAAGGUGAGAGUGAGAUCACAAGCACAGCAGAAACACCAAACUCUCCGCUUUACGUGUACCGAGAGAACGAUGCCCUGAAGGAGCAUGUACAGAUCCGACUGGUUUACGACAAUACCGAUGCAUCAUGAAGCCGUGACGAAGAACCAGCGUAAAAUGACGCCAUGAUUACCUAAGGGAUUUUUUAAGCACAUCAUGAAUUUUACUGUGUUGAGAAAGUGAAAUAUUUUAAUGUGUCUGGGGACAAAAUGAUGCAACACAUGACUCAUAGUUACAUGUUCCAGCUGGUAGAGCACCAGAAUAAUACGGAAGACGUUCUAACUAUUUCUAAAUCUUUCAUCCGAGUCUGUAUAAUGAUAUGGGCUUUAAUUGGUGCAACCAAAUUGGUCUUUUUUUUUUUUUUUACACAAUUAUAUGCAAUUUUAUGAAAUUCUCUGUUUCUGUUCACUGACACAGUUUUUGUCUUUUUCUUUUUUUUUUCUUUUUUUAUUUAACAGGAACAUGUCAGUAUGUAUACACUGUAUUUGGCUGAGCUUGCCAUUUCAUCAUACAUUCUGCCAAAUGGUGUAAAUGUAAAUGCUUAUCAAGUUAUCAGUGAAGGAUAAUAAAAUAAUUUAUCUUGAUCUUAAAAGACACCUACACCUUCAAGAGAUAACACCUACGCACGAAAAACCUAACGCAAUCAUAGUAACUUGUCACUUCCUAAAGGCUUGAGGCUCUCAAACAGAGCCGGUAGUUCUGUAGGUGGAUAAGUUGCCAAUAUUUAUGGUUGUAUGAUCAUAAAAGUAGAUUUUCAUUAAAAAAAAAAAAGAUUCAAAGAGCACUCUUAAUUCCUUUAAUUAGGUACGAUUUUAUUUUUCUUACGGCAACACCUUUUCCCAGGAAACAUGUAAUAUGGGUAAUAAACAUAGAAAAUUAUACAUUGUAAAACAAAAAAACAGUUUAUAAUGUUUGUGAUGGCUUUAACAAUUUUCUCUGUGAUAUUUUAUUAUAGUUUAUGAUAUUUACUUGUUCACCUAGCUACAGUAAUCUUCAAAACUAACAGAGGGACGUGUAUGACUGCUUUGAGCUAUUGAAGCGUGGACCUCAUCAGUAAAUUUGAGGAAGGCUUCUGAAGGUGUGCUUGUGGUAUCUGUAACCAAGACUUUAGCAGCAAGUGAUGCAAGAUGUGUGGUGGAACCUCCAUGGAUCAGACUUGUUUGUUUAGCACACUUCACGAAUGCUUGAUCAGAUCGAGAUCUGAAGCCGAGAAAACACCGUGAUGUCAUGUUCCAGCAUGUCCAUUAUCCAUAGCAAAUGCAUAAAAUAAACCGUUCCUGAACACAUUUGCAGUGUAGCAGAUGCGUGAUGGAAUGCUGCUGGGGUGUAAAUGAUCUGUAACAAAGUUAGCAGUAGUUUGGAUAAUUUAACAUGAAGGUCAGGACCCAAUGUUUCCCAGCAGAACAUUGCCCUGAGCAUGACACACUCACAUAGUGCAUCCUGAUUCCAUCUUGUCCACAGAUAAGUAACAUGAUGUAACAGAAAAUAUGAUUUAUCAGAGCAGGCCUUCUUCCAUUGCUCCAAGUCCCAGUUCUGAUGCCUACAUGAACCUUUUCAGCAUUCUCUAUACAGAGCUGCUUCUGUGGGUGUUUCAAGCCAAUGUCUCAACCAGCAUUAUUUAAAAAAAAAUAGAUAUCUCAGGUAUCUGAUUACCGUAAUGUUACUACCGAAGAGUGGCUUAUUUUUUUUCUUCAGUGUACCACUAAAGAUCGUAUGCAUAAUUAAAGAUCUAGAUUAUUUAUAUUUAGGUAUUUUAAGAAUGUUGUAAAUAUACAAGAUUAAAUCUGACAGUUUAAAACCAAAACAAAUGCCACUGACAUUGACUCUAAAGUGUUGACGUAGUUUAGAUUGAACUAAAUGAUGCUUCAUUGUGAGAAUAAUUGUAUGAAAUACUUCAUCUUUUCUGAUAAUGUAGCAGACUUUCUGUACAAAGCACAAUGUUCUUUUCUUACACACAAUCACAUACACACACAUACUCUCUCUCUCAUACACACAAACACACAGAUGCCUUGACCUUAGCAUAACCUCCUUUCCCCCUCUCCCUAGCACAUCUUUGUAUGAAAGAAGUUAUGGAAAACAUGAUACUGCUCUGGGAGGUUUACUGCUUCAUGAUAACGGUCAAGGUAUCUUCUGCUGAUACUAGCAUUAAGCUCUACACACACAUUAUGUCCUUCCUCUAUAUAUUCAGGUUUGACAUAAUAAAGUUUGGGACUUCUCUUUGAAA